AUGCGGUCCGGUGUGCAGAAGCGGCCUCGAAGUGUUGAGGUGGUACCGCGCCAGGCCAGGAACGGCGGAGAGCUGGCCAUCGCCCCAAAACCGGAUUCCCGUCCAGAACCGCAGAGGCCCGAGCUCCCCGCAUUUCCACAGCGCAAUCGCAGCUCACCAGCCAAUCAGUCAAGCUCCUCGCAAACGCUGAGAUGCGGGAUAAACGUUGAGGGGCUGGCCACCUCCUCUCUUUCUCUCUUUCCUCCAACUCUCUGCAAUACACACGAAAUGGCAUCCAUCACUGAAACUCCCGCCGACGGAACAGGUGUCAUCCAGCUCGACCCGUGGCUGGAACCGCAUCGCGAUGUGCUGAAGCAUCGCUAUAGCUUGGUCGAAAAGUGGGCCAAUGCCAUCAACGAAUCCGAGGGCGGUUUGGACAAAUUUAGCAAGGGCUAUGAAUUGUUCGGUCUCAAUGCACAGCCCAAUGGCGACAUCAUUUAUCGGGAAUGGGCGCCCAAUGCGGUGGAGGCGUCGCUGGUCGGCGAUUUCAACAACUGGGAUAUCAAUGCCAACCCCAUGGCGAAAAACAGUUUCGGCGUGUGGGAAGUGACGGUGCCCGCGAAGAACGGCGGCCCGGCGAUUCCCCAUGACAGCAAGAUCAAGGCAAGCCACUCAAAAAUCAAGAUCACCAUGGUUCUCCCUGACGGCGAGCGCAUCUAUCGCAUCCCAGCAUGGAUCAAGCGGGUAGUCCAGGACCUCAGCGUCUCUCCAGACUACGACGCCGUCUUCUGGAACCCGCCCGCCAACGAGCAAUACAAAUUCCAACACUCGCGGCCGAAGAAGCCGGAGAGUUUGCGUAUUUAUGAGGCGCACGUCGGUAUCUCCUCGCCCGAGACGCGGGUCGCCACGUACAAGGAGUUCACUAAGAACAUGCUGCCACGCAUCCAGUACCUUGGCUACAACGCCAUCCAGCUGAUGGCCAUCAUGGAGCACGCCUACUAUGCCAGCUUUGGGUACCAGGUUAACAACUUCUUCGCGGCGAGCAGUCGCUAUGGGUCCCCCGAGGAUCUGAAGGAGCUCAUUGACACAGCGCAUAGUUUGGGGCUGGUGGUGCUGCUGGAUGUGGUGCACAGCCAUGCGUCGAAGAACGUGCUGGACGGGAUCAACAUGUUUGAUGGAUCCGACCAUCUUUAUUUCCAUGCGGGUGGCAAAGGUCGGCAUGAGCUGUGGGAUAGCCGGCUAUUUAACUACGGGCACCACGAGGUGCUGCGCUUCCUUUUGAGUAACCUGCGCUUCUGGAUGGAGGAGUAUCAGUUCGAUGGUUUCCGGUUCGACGGUGUUACCAGCAUGCUUUAUUUGCACCACGGUAUUGGAACAGGCUUUUCUGGUGGCUACCACGAGUACUUUGGCCCUUCUGUGGACGAAGAGGGUGUCACUUACCUGACCCUUGCUAACACAAUGCUGCACAACCUCUUCCCUGAGGUCAUUACUGUCGCAGAAGACGUCUCCGGCAUGCCAGCCCUGUGCAUUCCGCACUCGUUGGGCGGCGUCGGCUUCGACUACCGACUCGGCAUGGCAAUCCCCGACAUGUACAUCAAGCUGCUGAAAGAGAAGGAAGACAGCGAGUGGGACUUGAGUAACAUUGCCUUUACGCUGACGAACCGCCGCCAUGGGGAGAAGACCAUUGCCUAUGCUGAAAGCCACGACCAGGCACUGGUCGGUGACAAAUCUCUCAUGAUGUGGCUCUGCGACAAAGAACUAUACACAAACAUGUCUGUCUUGACCGAGUUCACCCCCAUCAUCGAGCGCGGCAUGGCCCUGCACAAAAUGAUCCGCCUCGUUACCCACGGCCUCGGCGGCGAGGGCUGGCUCAAUUUUGAGGGCAACGAAUUCGGACACCCAGAAUGGCUCGACUUCCCCCGCGAAGGCAACGGCAACUCCUUCUGGUACGCCCGGCGCCAACUCAACCUGACCGAAGACCACCUGCUGCGGUACAAGUUCCUGAACGAAUUCGACCGGGCGAUGCAGCUGACUGAGGCCAAGUACGGCUGGCUGCAUGCUGCGCAGGCGUACAUCAGUCUCAAGAAUGAGAGUGACAAGGUACUUGUCUUUGAACGGGCCGGGCUACUGUGGAUCUUCAAUUUCCACCCCACGGAUAGCUUCACAGAUUAUCGCGUUGGCGUGGAUGUACCUGGCACGUAUCGGAUUGUCCUUGAUACGGAUGACCCGACAUUUGGAGGGUUUGGGAGGAACGUCAAGGAAACAAGGUUUUUCACAACGGAUAUGCCGUGGAAUGGGCGGGCGAACUUCACGCAGGUGUACAUUCCGACUAGGACUGCUUUGGUCCUUGCAUUGGAAGACACGCUGUAG